GCGCCUUUGAUGCCACUUCCGCCGUGCACCCAUGGAUUGUUUUCAAUUCUCUCUCCUUGAUUUCCUCUAGUGGCAUCUAGUACUCUAGCGUGUUGCGCGUGAAGGUUAGGAUGCUCACCAGGAUUAGGAUAGGUCCUGGAUACAAUGCCAGGGUCUCGCUGAACAACACGCCGCUUGCAUUCUCCUGCAUUGCGGCAUCACUGUAUCGUCCAGAUACACACGAAAAUCCCGUCGCUACAUUCCCAGCCAGACGGCUCUCCCUGGUCUCCUGGCUAUUACUGCUGCGGGUCUGCUCGUGCCUCAAGCAUUGCAUCCUGCGGCAUAGCGGGAGGGUCUGUUGUUUCCUAACAACCAGCCAACGAGUCCAACGAUCAGCCAGAAACCAGCCAGUCAUCAGAUUGGACUCCUGUCUAUGCUUAGUCGGAGAAUAUAGGCCAAACCUAACUUGCUUCUCACCUGUCCAGAGCUGCAGAACCUGGGCGCUCUGUUGGAGGCCUGCUGGCCCUGCCUACCUGCUGACACGGGCAGGAAUUUCCCUGCCGGCCUACUGCUGGCUUGUUCCAAGAUCCAGACGGACUGCAUAACAGACGUACGGCCCGUUGCAGGCCUGCUACCGCCAUUGAAACGCCCCUUCCCGCUUGUCGUGCAAUCGUGCAGACGUGCACUCUUUUAAAAGAUCCAUAGACGCCCUUCUCCCCUCCAUCCUCCCCCGCCUGCGAACUACUACUGGGUGCAUGCGCUGGUCGAUAUCAACGCACCUGACCCUAUACUUGCCAGCAAAGACAGAAGACUCCAUCGACUACUCAAUAUCGUUCCCAUACAACCCAAAAUCGACUCCUUCACGGGAACAUCUUCUCUACGACCGAGCAAAAUCUCCUUCCCCUUGUGCUCCGUCCCGGUGCCAACCUUUCAAAUCUUCCCUUCCUACAACCUUUGCG